CGUGUGCCUCGGUCAGCUAGCUCAGGCUGAUGACACCUCCGGAGGAGACUCACCACUCGGAACGAUCUAUCAUCCGUCGUCUUCUCCGACUGGGCAAAGUAGCCUGUCAGAGCUUCGUACUCUGUAGGCUGUAGCAGCUUCCCCGGGGGUAUGCGUGCGCUAGAAGGCAUGAUGAACCACCAGAAAAGCCAGGUGAUGAACAAGGUGGCAGCAGUCAAGGGCAUCAACAAGGUGGGACAGCGGCGGCGACGGAGUGUCUGACUGCUGUCUGUUUGCAGAGCCUGGUAGGCAUGCAUGGCCUCAUCCUCUUCUCGUGCACUGCCCUCGCUCGGCUACCGGCCUGCGCUCGGACUGUCAAAGCUGCGCCGCCGUGUGCGCGCACCGUGCACCGACCCUCCUCUCUCGUCUCGACGGCCGGCAAGCGUACACCCCUCAGCAGCCGGCAUGGCGGCUCAAGGCAGCUCUUCCUCUGCGCUGCUCACCAUCGAACCCGCAUGCAGGAGCAGGACGCUCCUCUUCCUGUCCUACAGAGACUCGUCCUCUCGACCCCGACGGCGACUAAAGCCUUACUACGACGAUGAUGACGGCUCGAGCUACCCUCCUGCACGCUAUGAUAGGAAGGGCAAGCAACGUGCCAGGGCAGGGGCGGGCGACGAGGACCGUACAGGUCUCCUCGCGCAUGCUAAUGGCUCGAAUGGGUACCACGAGACAAUCGACAUGGAUGACACGCUACCGCCCAAAUGGUCAGCCUCGGCCGCUCUACAGUGCCACGGUACUCAUCUAAGACAUGUCAGGAUGGAUCACGUAGACAGGGUGGAGGAGUUCCUCGAGCGCGCAAAGCCAAAGAUGGCACAACUCGACAAGCUACACGCUCGUCACCUGCUGCCCAGCUUCGUGGAUCGCUCUCCCGAGGAACGAGAGAUCGAAGUCCUCACAAGCGAUAUCACUAAUGACUUCCGGCAAGCUCACGCGGCUAUACAACGCGUCACUCUGCUUGCAAAGAGCAUGGCAGCCGACUCCUCUUCAUCGACCGAUAUUGUCGUAAUACAAAAUGUCAGAACUGCGCUCGCUUCGAAGCUCCAAGACGUCUCGAGUGUCUUUCGAAAGAGGCAGAGCAACUAUCUCAAGCAGCUAAAAGGCUACGAAUUGCGCAACCAGGAUCUGUAUGCUGCCACGGGUCAGAACGAGAGUGCGAGCACGCAAGCGGCAGUGGAUGAUGACGUCAAGCUGUCUCAAAACGAAUUGCAAUCGCAGUCGCUUUUUAUGCGCGAGGAAGAACAGACGGCCGCUAUUCAGCAACGCGAUCAAGAGAUUGCCAAUAUAGCCCGAUCUAUCACGGAUCUGGCAGACCUGUUCAAGGAUCUGUCGAGUAUAGUCAUCGAUCAAGGGACGAUGCUCGAUCGGAUCGACUAUAACGUCGAGCAAAUGGCUGUCGACGUCAAGGCUUCAGUAGAGGAGCUACAGACUGCCAUGUCGUGCGCCUUGUUCUGCUGCUCUCCUACUGAAAGCUAAGAGCUCCUGAACAGCUACCAGCGACGCUCAGGGAAAUGCCGCAUCAUCUUUCUGCUCGUGCUGCUCAUCGUUGGCGCGGUCAUUGUACUUAUCUACAAGCCACGACGUAGAGGCCCGCCGGCAGCGCCGCCGUGACACAUGCGUCAUCGUCAAGCAAUGCAUUAGAGCUUGCUGUCCUGCUUUUUCGACUGUCUCACAGUGACCUGCCU